UAUUGAUUACCCACCACUAGUUUAGUCACAUCGUGUGGGACCGGUUUUAUAUGUCAAAAUCCCUAUUACAUUGCCAUGUGAUUUAUGAACGCACCUCUGCUAACAGACAAAACUGACAUAGAACAAUCAUGUUGUAGCGGCCGUUCCGUUUCACAAACUGUCAUUUGGAGUUGAGUGAUUGAGGUUAUAAAUACAAAUCGGACUCACGUUUUACUGUUUUAGGGCUCAUUUUUCAAAAACAAAACUUACAAGUAAGCAGCAAUGUCACAACAGCCAAAAAAAAGGAAUCCUUUACCAAAAGAAGUUGUAAAAGAGAAGCUAAGAGAGAGAAAGAAGUUGGCCAAGCAAUUACUUAGAAAGAAAAGAGCUCGGCUUAUUGUAAAAAAUUUACCAUUCAAAGUUAACGAGGAGCAAUUGAAGGAAUACUUUGAAAAAUUUGGCAAAGUAGAAAAUGUUGAACUGCUGAAGAAGCCAGAUGGAAAAUUGGUUGGUUGUAGCUUUGUACAAUUUGAAAUGGUACAGAAAGCUGCAAAAGCUAAGCAUCAUACUAAUGGGAAAGAAUUCUUAGGACGGCACUUGGUAGUAGACUUUGCUAAGGCUAAAAAUAAAUACAAUAAAGUUGAAGUAAAAAUUGAGCCUGAGGUUGAAAUCAAAAAGGAAGAUGAUGAGGACCAAACUAUGGUAUCCCUAGAUGACGUUGAAGGUUCACUUGAGCAAAAUAUGCAGGAUAGUGAUAAGAAUAGAGACAGUGAAGGUAGUGAAGAAGAAAUAAGUGAUGAUGAAGACAAUAGUCAUAGUAAAAGUUACGUUGAGGAAAAUGAGGAUGAUAAUAAACCUAAAAGAGUAUCAAACGAUGUAACCGAGGGGAAGACAAUAUUUGUGAGGAAUGUACCCUUUGAUGCAACCAAAGAGGAUCUCAAGCAGUGUAUGCUACAAUAUGGACCUGUCUACUAUGCCCUCAUAUGUGUUGAUAAGUUAACUGAGCAUUCAAAGGGAACAGCAUUUGUAAAGUUUGUAAAUAAAGAAGAUGCAGAUAAAGCUUUAAGUGCAGGUACUGAACUGACACUGCUAGGAAAUAUAUUAGAUUGUCAUCCAGCUUUACAUAGAGAUGAGGUUCAGAAAAAAGCAAAGGAGAAAAAGGAAGCAAGCAAGGGGUCUAAAGAUAACAGAAAUCUCUAUCUAGUUAAAGAAGGAGUGAUACUUGCUGGCAGCAAAGCAGCACAUGGUGUGUCACCAACAGAUAUGGCAAAAAGGCUACAAAUAGAGCAGUAUAAAACCCAAGUGCUUCGAAAUCUGAACAUGUUCAUUUCACGUGAGCGCCUAAUAGUUCAUAACUUACCAUCUACUUGGGAUGACAAGAAACUAAAGCUAUUAUUUCAAAAACAUGCUGGAGAAGGAGCUGUGAUCAUAGAGGCCAGAGUAAUGAGAGACAUGCAGAACUUAGAUGCAAAUGGCUUAGGAAAGUCAAAGGAAUAUGGUUUUGUGUCAUUCACAAAACAUGAACAUGCCCUUAAAGCACUCAGAAGCCUGAACAACAAUCCUAACAUAUUUGCCCAACAGAAACGACCCAUUAUAUCUUUUAGUAUAGAAAAUAAAGUCAUGAUAAAAGCAAAGCAAAAAAGAUUAGAAAAAUCCAGGAUGUACAACCCUACAAGUAAAGAUUUCAAACCACGAGAUGUAAGUAAAUCCAAAGAUAAGAGGUUUAUUCAGAAAAAACACCAGUCAGCAGAGAAAAUUAAGGCUUCUGGUGAAGCUGAAUUGCCAGGUUACUCUGGAGUACCUACAGAGCCAGGGAAGGUCGAGAAAAUGAGAAGCAGGUACAAGUUGGUUACUCAGGCAAAAAUGCACUAUGAGAACGUGAAGAAGGCAAAGAAGAUGAAGAAGAAUCAAAAGAAAACUCUCGGGGAGAAGAGGAAGGAAUUCACAAAGCAGCCCAGGCAGAAGAUUAAUAAGAAGACUGAGCAAGAUAGUUUUUCGAAGAUGGUGAAUGAGUAUAAAAGGAUUUUAAGUGCACCUCCUGCUAAAAAGUCAAAAUGGUAUGAAGGCUCAUGACAUUUUUAAAUAUUUGGUGAUGUUCUUUGUUGUAAUAAAUAUGUUUAGUAUAUUAUGGUUUAUUUUAAUUUUUGGCAUAAUUUUGUGUAAUUUUUGUUGUUUCAAUUAUGUGCUGCUUUGUACAGAUUAUUG